GAAUACAGUGACUGUUGCUCCAGCUCUGGCCUCCCCUCCCUCAUUAGUGGCCACACAAACAUACAUCCCUGCAUUGCUCGGCAAAGCUUCAUCAAAGAUCAGGUUGUUCCCCAUCACAAUUCCAUUGCUCAACAGAAGGCCAUCCUUUUCCCACUGAAUGGAGACUGCACCACUGCCCUCUGCAGAACAUGUCAUAUUGAAUGCAUCUCCUCGAAGAACGUUUCGGUCCAUUGGUGGAACUGUUAUUGUCGGAGCUGAGGUUCAUGAUGUUCAUAAAAGAAGGUCAGGGAAAGGUGCCAAGAAUUACGCAAGGUAAGAGCAUUUCUGUCAUUCCAAACACCGCAGACGCUGC